CCUCCUACAACUCCCACAAGCCCCCUCGGCCGCGGGCCUCGGCCCGGCCCCGGGUGGAGGCGGAGGCGGAGGCGCGGGAGUUAUGGAGGGGGCGGGCUCUGCAGGGAAGUGCGUCAGAGGAGGCGCGGGGAGAGUAGGGUGCUGUGGUCUGAGCUAGAGGGUGAGGCUGGCGGAGCAAGAGGAUGGGCGUAUGCAGGUGAUAGACUAGAGAACAAGACCUCUGUCUCCGUAGCAUCCUGGAGCAGUCUGAAUGCCAGAAUGGAUAACCGUUUUGCUACAGCAUUUGUAAUUGCUUGUGUGCUUAGCCUCAUUUCCACCAUCUACAUGGCAGCCUCAAUUGGCACAGACUUCUGGUAUGAAUAUCGAAGUCCAGUUCAAGAAAAUUCCAGUGAUUUGAACAAAAACCUCUGGGAGGACUUCAUUAGUGAUGAGGCAGAUGAAAAGACUUACAAUGAUGCACUUUUUCGAUAUAAUGGCACUGUGGGAUUGUGGAGACGGUGUAUCACCAUACCUAAAAACACACAUUGGUAUAGCCCACCAGAAAGGACAGAGUCAUUUGAUGUGGUCACAAAAUGUAUGAGUUUCACACUGACUGAGCAGUUCAUGGAGAAAUUUGUUGAUCCUGGAAACCACAAUAGUGGAAUUGAUGUGCUUCGGACCUAUCUUUGGCGUUGCCAGUUUCUGCUACCUUUUGUUAGUUUAGGUUUGAUGUGCUUUGGGGCUUUGAUUGGACUUUGUGCUUGUAUUUGCCGAAGCUUGUAUCCCACCAUUGCCACGGGCAUUCUCCACCUCCUUGCAGGUCUUUGUACAUUGGGCUCAGUAAGUUGUUAUGUUGCUGGAAUUGAACUGCUCCACGAGAAACUAGAGCUGCCUGAGAAUGUAUCUGGUGAAUUUGGAUGGUCCUUCUGCCUGGCUUGCGUCUCAGCUCCCUUACAGUUCAUGGCUUCUGCUCUCUUCAUCUGGGCCGCUCACACCAACCGGAAAGAGUAUACCUUAAUGAAGGCGUAUCGUGUGGCCUGAGUGGGAAGCUGCCUGCUUUACAAUUGCCAUUUUUAUUUUUUAAUAAUGACUUUUUUUUUGCUUCCUUCCCAUUUGUUUUUUAUUUAAUUUUUAUUUUUUUGUGGAUAUACCAUUUUAUUCUGGAAAUGUAUUUAUACAUACACACACCACUAAAUAGCACUUAAUACAACUAAAAAUUUAUGUGGUUUACUCUAAGUGAGUCCAUCUAUCAAACAAACUAAUCUAGGCUCAGAGUCCAGACAGAACGAAAUGGAUAAAGACUUGCCACAAAUUUGUGAAAGAAAAUUGGCAAUUGACCCCAAACAAAUUCUGCUAAUGUUUGUUAGACUUUUCAGUAAAAGUAAGGUAACUAUCUGUUCAACUAGAAACUCUUUAGUUUCUUUGGGAAACCUCUAAUUGUCAAAACUUCAUGUUCACUUUGCUAUUGUAGAUAGCCAGUCAGUCAGGGUUACUAGUACUAUCUUAAAAUUUGGAAAUUAUCUGAUAUCCUUUUGCCUGAACAUUGGCACGCAGCUUCAUCUGAGGUGAAAUGUGGCAGCUGUUUCUAUCAUAUUCUGUCUCCAAGAAGUGAAAAAUACAGUGUUUACUAGAAAUUUUAAAUUUGUAAUUGUACAAAUUCUAAUUCAGUCAGACAAAAUGGUUAAUGUUACUAUCUUAAUUUUUUAAAACUCUCCUUAGUAGGCUUUUAAGUACCACCAAGUCAUUUUAGAUUUUUGCUCUUUCCCUCUUCAUAUACCAAGCUUAUUAUUGAAAGUGUGGUUUCUUUUUAACAUUAAAGUUACAGAGUAAAAUUCCCCAACUGAUAAUCCAUUUAUUCUAGCCAAAUACUAUAAAGAAGUUUCCACCGUGAUGACCCUCCAGAGCUGGGAAACCUACCACAAGAUCUAAAGUUUUGGCUGUCUACAUUAAACUCUAACUAUGGUCUUUAUUUCUUGUGGUAAAACGAUGUGCCUUUCCUUGCCUAAAUCCCUUCCUGGUGUGUACCAACAUUAUUAAUGUCUUCUAAUUCAGUCUUUUUUUUAUAAAUAUGUCUGUAAACAUUGAACUUUAAAAAAUCUUAUUUAUUUAUUCCAUUACUAUAGCAAUUGACAGAUUUAAAAAACAUGUAACUUAGCAAUUUCUUACCAUAUCCUAAAUCUGUCUUUUUUAAAAAAUAAAAUUAAAAACGAGAAGAGA